AUGGUCCUCCUCGCAAAAGUAGGACCUCUCGGUCCCGUAACAAACUCCUUCAUUAUCUCCGCAACUCGCCGCGGCCAAAUCCGCCUCUACAACAUCCUCCAAGACACUACCAUCCCCGAACCAAAACGAAAACACAUUCCCUCAUCUGGCACGUACCCCAAGGGCUUCCGCGUUUCGGGCACUCAUGUCGGCGUCAAAGCCUCGAAUACGAAAUACCCAGACUUGGCUCUCAUUUCGUCUGAUGAGCCAUGUACCGCGGCAGCAGCGGUGUUUACGACGAACAAGUUCCAAGCCGCGCCUGUGCAGGUUAGUAAAUUGACCUUGGAGCAGCGGAAGGGCAACGGGAUUCAAUCGGUUGUUAUCAAUUCUGGAUGCGCGAAUGCUGUUACGGGAAAAGGUGGUUUGGAGGAUGCGCGGAGUAUGGCUACGAAGGUGGAUGAGUGUAAUGGUACUUCGGAGCCAAGUACUCUCGUCAUGAGUACCGGCGUCAUUGGUCAGAGACUCCCCAUAACCAAAAUCCUCGACAAAAUCCCUACCGCCCAUUCCAACCUCGCCAACACCCACAACGCUUGGCUCGCCACAGCCCGCGCAAUCUGCACAACCGAUACAUUCCCCAAACUCAUCUCCCAGACAUUCACCCUGCCAUCGUCGCCCGGAAUCACUUAUAGUCUGGCCGGCAUGACCAAAGGCGCGGGUAUGAUCCACCCCAACAUGGCCACACUACUUGGCGUCCUAUGCACCGACGCCCCAGUCGACGCCUCCGCAAUGAAACCACUUCUGCUACACGCCGUCUCCCGCUCCUUCAACUCCAUUUCAAUUGACGGCGACACAAGCACAAACGACACAAUCGCAUUCCUCGCCAACGGCGCGGCCGGCGGCCAACCCGUCACUGCACCAUCAUCACCAUCUACAGCAACAUCAGCAGACUACGCCGCGCUACAAAAAGUGCUCACCUCUUUCGCUCAAUCACUCUCUCAACUCGUCGUGCGCGACGGUGAAGGCGCAACGAAAUUCGUGACUGUCCGCGUCCAGAAUUCGCCCUGCUACGAUUCCGCGCGCCGCAUUGCGUCGACGAUCGCGCGGUCACCGCUCGUCAAAACCGCGCUGUACGGACGAGACGCGAAUUGGGGCCGUAUCCUGUGCGCAGUAGGAUAUGCAGAUGGCGUUACUGAGGGCACAGUUGUCCCCGAACGUACGAGCGUCAGUUUCAAGCCUGUCGACGGCUCGCCUAUCCUGCGGCUGUUGGUGAAUGGGGAGCCUGAGGUUGUGGAUGAGGAGCGCGCAAGUGCUAUAUUGCAGGAUGAGGAUUUGGAGAUCAUUGUUGAUCUUGGUGGUGGUGAGAAGGGGGAACGGGGUCUUGGAGGAGAGGAAGCUGUGUACUGGUUCUGUGAUUUUAGCCAUGAGUAUGUUACUAUUAACGGUGACUAUCGGACUUGA